AAAAUCUCGUUUGCAAAAAUACUUUAGUCCGAAAAAAACAUUCGCGGUAUAUGACGUUUUUAACAACAAUUGCAUAACCUAAUAGUUAAUUACUAAAACUAGUUAAAAUAAAAUAAGAGAAAAUGCCAAUUGAUUACGCAGCAUUCGCUUACGCGGUUUCUGUCGCCGGAGGUGGAAUACUUGGUUACGUUAAAUCAAAGUCAAUACCAUCUUUAGCAGCUGGUUUACUUUUUGGGACAAUAUUGGGCUACGGCGCUUAUCAAACAUCGCAGGACCCACGUAAUUGCGCAGUUCUUUUGGGUUCAAGUGCCACUUUGAGUGGUAUGAUGAGCUAUCGCUAUUAUACUACUGGUAAAAUUAUGCCCGCCGGUGUCAUUGCAAUUAUUAGCGCUGUUAUGUUUAUCAGGACGGCAGUAAAAACUUUAACAGCUCCACAGAAAAUCGAAUAAAUAUCUCAUUAAAAUUUAAAUACUGCAUUUAAUUUAUAAAUUUAUAAAAAUUAAUGAUACUGUAUUUAAAAUUUGAUAUCGAACAAUAAUUAAUAACUAGGGUUUAAGGUUUAAUGUACUUUAAAUACUUGUUUGAAUAUUAAAAAACAUAAUUUUCAAACCUAAAAUUUGACGUACAUAAAUUUAUUUAUCAAUAAUUAAGUAGAGAUAAUUUUGUUAAUUAAACUUCCUUAAAAUGAGUGAUUUAAUAGAAGAUCAGUUUACGUCUUUUAAUUUUCCGGCAUUUGCAUGCGCUGCCGGUGUAACCGCAGUUGGAAUAUACGAUUAUAAAAAUACAAAUUCAAAAGUCUCAUUAGUUGGCGGAUUAUUUUUUGGAACGGCUUUGAGUUAUGGCGCGUACCAGACAUUUGAAAAUCCAUCAAACCCUGGGUUUCUCAUGCUCACAACAGCUAAUUUAUCAAUAACCAGUGCAACAGCUGCGGUAAUUAUACCUCUAUCGAGAUUUAUCAGUGAUAAAUUUUAUAGAGAUCAUGAGAAUAAAAUAAAGCCACUGAGACAGAUUGCAAAAGCUAGUAUGGCCCUACAUAUUUGGAGUCUAUUCCGAUUAGCGAGUAUCAGUGCCGGAUAUAUGAUGCUCGAACAAAUAAAUGAUGAAAGUCACUCACUAAUAAAAAAAAUUAUUUUUUUCUAUCCUACCAAAAUAAUGUCUCACAUUAUUAUUAGACUUUUAUAAAAAUAUUAUUAUUAUUUUUUUAUUCUAACCAUUGAAUUAUUCUUAUAAAUAAAAGUCUUACGUAUUUG